AUGGCCGCCAAGGUUCCUCGCAACUUCCGCCUGCUGGAGGAGCUGGAGAAGGGUGAGAAGGGUCUCGGCGCCGAGGCCUGCAGUUACGGUCUUGAGGAUCCCGAGGAUCUUCUCAUGAGCAACUGGAACGGCACCAUCCUCGGUCCCCCUCAUUCCGUCCACGAGAACCGCAUCUACAGCGUCAAGAUGCACUGCGGCCCUGAGUACCCUGACCUCCCCCCCACGAUCCAGUUCGUCAGCCAGGUCAACCUGCCCUGCGUCAACCCAACCAACGGUGUCGUCGAUCCUAGCCAGCUGCCCUGCCUUGCCCAGUGGAAGCGGGAGAACACUAUGGAGACGAUCCUCAUUGAGCUGCGACGAUACAUGGCCUCUUCCCACAACAAGAAGAUCCCCCAGCCUCCCGAGGGCUCUACCUACUCGUAA